AUGUCUGUGACAAACGGUGUCAACGGCCAUGCCAAUGGCUCCUCGAACGCCCUCUGCUCUGUUGAUGAAUUGGUGUCUCGCAAAUAUGACUUUGUCGUGGUUGGAGGAGGUACCGCUGGCCUGGCGGUCGCUGCUCGCUUGACCGAGGAUCCAAACAUCUCCGUGGCGGUUCUGGAGGCCGGAGAGAAUCGAAUGGAUGACAAGAGCGUCUCGACCCCUUCGCUCUAUCCCACCAUGAUCGGCAGGAAAGAGUACGACUGGUGCAUGACCAGCACACGGCAACCCAAUGCAGGCAACAAGAUCUACUCGAUGCCCCGCGGGAAAGUACUUGGCGGCAGCUCUGCGAUCAAUUAUCUCAUGUACGUCAGAGGGUCAAAGAAUGAUUACGACGGAUGGGAGUCAAUGGGCAACCCUGGCUGGGGCUGGGAAGGUAUGCUACCAUACUUCAAGAAACACCAAACAUUGGACAACACGCCCAGGCACAGCGAUCCACAAUUCAUGCCUAUUGCGGGAGGAGACAAGUAUCAUGGAUCCAGUGGGCCCAUCCAUACCAGUUUCAACGACUGGUAUAUGCCACUGGAGGUGGAAUUCGCCGAGGCCGCAUAUGAAGUCACUGGGACAAAGAAGACGAUUCACGACGGGUGGAGCGGCGACCAUCUGGGGUUCUAUUCGAGCCUGGGAGCUGUCAACAGGACCGACGAUCCUGGCAACCGAUCCUACGCCGCCACUGGAUACCUUCGCCCGAAUCUAGGACGACCUAAUCUAAAAGUCUUGACUCAAGCGCAGGCCACCAAGGUCAUCUUAGACGGAGAUACUGCCAAGGGCGUUGAGUUCGUGCACAAGGGCCAGAAAUACAACGUCCACGCAACGCGCGAGGUCAUCUUGUCUGCUGGAGUGAUCCAAAGCCCUCAGCUGCUCGAGCUUUCUGGGAUCGGCGACCCUGAGGUCCUUAGGGCUGCUGGUGUGGAGUGUGUCGUUGAGAAUAAGGGAGUAGGUGCCAACUUCCAGGACCAUGUCCUCGGCGGACUCCUGUACGAUCUGAAACCCGGUAUUGAUUCCAUGGAUGCAUUACACGGGGAAGAGUUCAUGAAGAUGCAGCAGGAUGUCUACCAGAACAGCCAGAAAGGGCUCUAUGCUAGUCCAGGCAUGAUGAUGGGGUUCGUGUCGUAUGCGUCCGUGGUGACUCCCGACGAGCUCGAGGCCACCAUUAAGGAAAUCAAGGAGAAGUCUCAUGCGAAGACGGAUUUUGAGAAGGCCCAAGAGAAGGUAAUCGUCGACCAGCUCCGCGACCCAACCUUUGCCAAUCUACAAACAUUCUGCAUCCCAUGCCGCCUUGACGUGGCCAAGGGCUCAGACCAGACCCAGUUCUUCGGCAAACCCCCCAACGGCAAACAACAGCUCUCCUUGCUUAUGUGCCUCGAACACCCUCUAUCACGAGGGACAGUCCACAUCAAAUCGUCAGACCCUUUGGCACCCCCUGAGAUCGACCCGGGAUAUUUCCGGAACGAGGUCGAUGCCAAGAUCCUCGCCGCGGGCAUGAAAUGGAUGGACAAAGUGGCCAAACACCCCUUGCUGGCGAAGUCCCUGGCCGAGAGAGAACUGCCGCCCGAGAACGAGAGUCUAGACACCGAGGAAAAGAGGAUCGAGUAUGUGAAAAAUCACAUCAGCACACAGUAUCAUUUGAUCGGGACUUGUGCGCUGGGCGAGGUUGUGGACCAGGACUUGAAGGUCAAGGGGGUCAAGAAUCUGAGGGUGGUGGAUGCCUCGAUCUUCCCCGGCCAUGUGUCUGGGAAUAUUAUGGCUACCACUUAUGCUGUGGCCGAGAAAGGCGCAGAUCUGAUCAAGAAAGAUAUCUAG